AUGUCGAUGGCGAGAGCUGCCGAAUCUUUGCGGGCGUUCUCUGUCGAUAUUCUGGUUCAAAUCUACGCCGUGCCGUUUAAACCAGCGCCGGCGACAAGAAGAACCCCAAAGCACGAAUGGUACGAUUUUUCCGCUUGUCCAACCAAACGACUAUUAAUCUUUGGGACAGAUGCGCAGGAAAAUUCGGAAGUGAUGCUGCGCAUUACCCAAGGGUUUGGCGAAGUCCUGCGUGAAACGUGCCAGACGAGCUGUAAAGAGGCGUGGACGGUUUUGGACCUUCCAAUUGUGUCCUGCCUGUGGAUUCAAGUUGCGGGCAAAAUGAUUGAUGGAUAUGGGAACGAGGAAAAUGCGGACCUGCGGGGGCCACCCCGGGGGGUGGACGAACGUUCGGACAACACGGUUGUGUCGCUUUUGCAACCUCUUAUCAUUUCAUUCGUUACGGAAGACUACCUGCGGAUGCUGAAUGCUCUGGUUUCUGUUGCGCCAAACAUCUCCUUCUUCGAGUUCUCGGCGUUUCCGCUGGUGUUCUCGGCGUUUCCGCUGGUGUUCAAGCCCGCGAUGGAGGACCUCACGCUUGUGCACAAUGACAUCAUUUUCGCCACGCUGGACUUGUUGGUGCUUAUCCUGACUGACGACUUUUCAUAA